AUGCUUCCAUCGAUCGCAGUUAUUCUUCUUGUAAUUGGUAUCGCCGGUGCUGAGGAUUGUAAAGGAUGCGUCUCGUUGGACUCGUAUUCCUUCGACAAGGUAAUUCCAAAAUUCAAAGCUGCAACAGUGAAGUUUGACGUCGCAUUUCCAUAUGGUGACAAACAUAUGCAGUACGCGGAAAUAGCCGCAGCAACGAAAAAUGCGAACGAUCUUUUGGUAGCCGAGAUCAGAGUGAAAGAUUAUGGGAACAAAGACAAUUCUGAUCUUGCCGCUCGUUAUAACAUAAAAUCCGAAGAUUUUCCCGCAGUUCUACUUUUCUUGCAAGGAAAAACCGAGCCCAUUCCAUUUGUUGCGGACAAGGACACUGAUUUUACCGCGGACAAUAUCAAGCGAUUUAUAAAGACGAAGUCGGGCGUGUAUCUUGGUCUGCCUGGAUGUGUCGAACAAUUGGACAGACUCGCAGAGGAAUUCAAAUUCAGCGGAGAAAAAGAAAGGAAGGAGAUAUUAAACAAAGCUAAAGUUUUUGAAGAAACAUUGCCCGAUGUGCAGCGCGCCGCCGCUAAAGUUUAUGUUAAAACUAUGGAGAGAAUAUUAGAAAAAGGAGACGUAUUUGUUCAAACGGAACAAACGAGAAUAGAGGGUAUAUUGAAAGGAAAACUAUCGAAUGAAAAGAAACGUACAAUGGAGGAAAAACGCAAUAUCUUGCAUUCGUUCUUGUAUAGAGACGAACUGUAAAAAAUCACGAACCAACGUAAUAAUACAAAUUUUGUUGUAUGUGUUUCUACAAGAAUAACACUGCGCCUUUUUAUUGUACAUCCAUCAACGAUUUUAACUGCCAUAUUUUAAGGAGUUUGUUUUUGGUAAAGUCAUUUUUCAUCUUACUCAAAACAUUCCAUUAUUCUGUAUUGAAAUUUAUACGAGCGUGAUGUGAUUUAGAAAAACGAUUAAAAAAAAUAAAAUGCCUAAAAACAGUACCAGGUUUGUAAAUUCAUGAGUAGAGCACAAUUGUAGUUGAUUCAAUUUUAAUAUUACUACGUACAUAUUUCGUAGCAAAGCAGGAACCCACACAUUUAUUGUUUCUUUAUAAAAAGAUAUAUUCAAACGAAAUUUAA